AACACGUGCUCGGCGACUGUCGACUUUUGUCGACAAGUCGGUAUAUAUUUAUGUUUCUUUCUUUAUAAAUAACUAUUUAAAUAUCAAGAUGGGUAAAAAAUCGAAAAUUGGAAAGCAGAGGAGGGAUAAAUAUUAUCAGUUGGCCAAGGAAACAGGUUAUCGAUCUCGAGCUGCAUUCAAAUUGAUACAGUUAAAUCGCAAAUUCCUAUUUCUGCAAGAGAGUACAAUAUGUAUCGAUUUGUGUGCUGCACCCGGAGGAUGGAUGCAGGUGGCAAAAGAAAACAUGCCAGUAUCUUCAACGGUAAUUGGUGUGGAUUUGUUUCCGAUAAAGUCGGUUCCAGGUUGCAUAAGUCUCAAAGAAGACAUAACAACAGAUAAAUGCCGAGUGGAAUUGUCUCGUGUAUUAAAUAGUGAGAAGGUAAACGUCGUAUUAAACGACGGAGCUCCAAAUGUCGGUAAAAAUUGGCUUCACGACGCAUAUCAACAGGCAGUUUUAACUUUAUCGGCACUGAAACUGGCGACUCAAUUUUUAAUGCCAGGAGGAUGGUUUGUAACUAAAAUUUUCCGAUCGAAAGAUUACAAUGCGCUGAUUUGGGUGCUGAAACAAAUCUUCAAAAAGGUUCACGCUACAAAGCCACAAGCUUCAAGAAACGAAUCAGCUGAAAUUUUCGUAGUGUGUCAACACUUCAUUGCUCCGGACAAACUCGACCCCAAGUUUUUCGACCCAAAAUACGUCUUCUCGGAACUUGAAGUCGAAUCUGGAAACAAGCUAAACGUCUUCCACCCUGAGAAGCAAAAGAAGGCGAAAGCAGAAGGAUAUCCGGAAAAUGAUUACACUUUGCAUCAUAAAUUGUCAGCCAAGGAUUUCAUCGCCCACGAAACUGGAAUUGAAGCUUUGCAGCAUGCGUCGGAAAUAGUGGUCGAUGACGAAAGGAUAGCAAAGCACACAAGAACGACAAAUGAGAUUAGAGAAUGUUGCAAAGACAUAAAAGUCUUGGGUAGAAAAGACUUGAGAUUGUUGCUCUCUUGGUGGAAGCACUUGAAGGAAGAUUUCAGCAAACAAGACACUGAAGCGAAUGAAGCCUCUAAUGCUGAAGGACAAGAGGAAGGCGGAAAUGUUCCAUUGACGCUGGAAGAAGUGGAAGACAUGGAAGACGGGAAAAUCAGCGAAGAAAUUGCUAAACUUAGGGAAGAGGAGAGCAAGGAGCUGAAGCGAAAGAGGAAAAAAGCUAACAAAGAGAGACAGAAAUUAAAUGAGAAACUUAAUCUGAAAAUGGUGCUUAAAGGAGACGAAGGUCCGGUAUUGGAAGGAGACGAUAUGUUCACUUUGAAAGAAAUCCAAACGCUUGAUCAUUUGAAGACUGUUACUGAUCAAACUCCUGAUGUUCUUGCUGAAAGCGAAGAUGAGGAAGAAACUAUUUUGCCGAAAAAAGUCAGAUAUGAAAAGGAAUCGGGCCAUUUGGAUAGCUCAGGUCUUUAUUACAAAUCGGAUGAAAGCAAUCCGGAAGAUUCUGAUGAUGAUGAGUCUGUUAGUGACAAAUCUGGGUUAGGGUUAAGUGGAUCAGAGGACGAAAGCGAGAAACCCAAGGUUCAACCAAAGAGGAAAAGGAAUCUUAAUACAGACAAUAAUCCCCUGAUUACAGAUUUAGAUCCUAGAGACAAAAAGACGAAGAGAGUUCAUAAAGCAGAACUGUGGUUUGCGAAAGAUAUUUUUAAAAAUUUAGAAGACGAGAAAGAUGAGGACUUCGAAUUGGAUAAAAUGGUGGAAGUUUUGAAGAAGGGAGGAGUGAAGGUCGGUGAAGAGAAAUGUAAAAAGAAGUCUACGAAAACUAAAAGUAAGAUGCAGGAGGAAGAGGAUUCGGACUAUGACGUGGAGGAGGUUAUGACGCAGAAAAAGAAAGUUCAAAAGGUUGGGGGAAAGGAUGGUUACGAGGUUGCAGCGAAAGAAAAACCUAGAAAAGACAAGGUGAAGAAAAGGAAAUUAACAGAAGAGGACUUGGCGUUAGGAUCGCUUAUGGUGAGUAGUAAAAAGGCCCGCCGCGAUUUGAUUGAUGGUGCCUGGAAUCGAUACAUGUCGAACGACGACAAUCUUCCUGACUGGUUCAUAGAAGACGAAGGAAAGCAUAUGAAGAAGGAAGAUCCAGUGCCUAAGGAACUCUUGGACGAGUAUAAAAAGAGGGUAGAAGACCUCAAUGUUCGACCAAUCAAAAAGGUCAUCGAAGCUAAGGCUAGGAAGAAGAAGAGGGCUAUGCGUAAACUUGAAAAAGCAAAGAAGAAGGCUGAGGGUAUUAUGGAUAACGUGGAUAUAAGCGACAGGGAAAAGGCUAGACAGGUUAAUGCACUUUACAAGAGAGCUCACAAAGAACCUAAACAGGAAGUAACUUACGUAGUUGCGAAGAAACACAUGGCACAAAAGCGAGCCAUCAGGCCAUCGGGAGUCAAAGGUCACUACAAAGUUGUCGAUCCAAGAAUGAAGAAGGACUUGCGAGCUGCCAAGAAAAAGGAAAAGACUAAAGGUCGUGGAAAGAAAACUCGCGGUAGCAAAACAGGAAAACCUCCUAGAGGAAAACCUAAAGUCGCGAAAGGCAAAAAGGCUAAAUAGAUCGUGAGUUCUUUUUGUAAAAAGAUUUAAUUUGUUUCUAUUUCAUUAAUUUUUUUAUACCUCUUGAACUCGGGAAGGAAUUCCAGAUAUAUUUGCAACAUCCUGUUCAUUUCAAAGGAAAUUCGUUACGUGUCAAAUAUUUAAUUUCGAUCAGCAGAUGGAAUUUAUCAUGUACAUAUUAUCAUGUUGUAUCAAAAUGUUUUUCGAUAAAAUAAGUAAAAGAUCAGCUUCUUGUGAGGAAUCCUUUACUAGUGACAGUGCGUUGUAAGUCAUUGUUGACAGGGGAGUAAUAAACAGAAUUACAAUUUAAAAUGCUGCUUUAGUGAUUCAAUAAAAAAAUAUUUGAUAUUUU